AUCGAGAACCGCACGGAUUGGCAGUGAAACAAGUAAACAAAGAAAGAGAAAUGCCUCAUUCAAAGAAGCGAGGGAGUACCUGUGAGUGCGUGCUGGUGUGUGUGUGUGUGUGCGCGCUUGUAUGUCUCACUGUGGAAACGAUACACCUGGCAGUUAACCUACACGAAUUAUUUUGAUACGAGUAGAUAAAAGAAUAACCAUUUUUGUCCUCAUUCUCUCGGAUCGACGACAUCAAAAGCAAAGAUGAAGUGAGAUGUGAGAAAGUUUGGAAUACUUUACCACUUGGCAACCCACAGCUGUUAAUUGCCCCCUUGACCUGGAUUCACAAGCUGAUCACGCCGGGAUGGGUCAGAGUCAGGUCGAGGGAAGAUACUAAUUCGCCUCUCGCUGACAAAGCUGUCGGCACUUAAGACAGUGUGGACAUGGUUCGCGUUACUGUGGUGGGCGGCGGGGUGAACGCCAUCGGCUCGGCGUUGGCACUACUGCAGAGGGCGCCAGAAUGCCAGGUCACCGUUAUUAGCAAGGAUUUCAGUCCCAACACUACAGGCGACGGAGCAGCUGGUUUCUGGGGUCCGUAUCUGAACCCUCACACGCCAGAGGAAAAAAUACUACGGUGGUCGCAGGAGACGUGGGAUCUGUUCCUCGGGUGGGUGAGGGCGGGGCAGCAGAAGGGCGUGUCCUUGGUGCCAGGGUCAUGCGUGGGCCGGAGCGAGGUUCCCUUGGAGUUCUGGCACAAGAUCCCCAUCGGGUAUCGCACCCUCACGCAGGAGGAGUGUGCGAUAUAUGGCCCGGAUUACUGCUCCGGCUAUUCAUUCACCUCCAUCGUCGCGGAGCCCUCGCACUUUCUGCCGAGACUCAUGAAUGAGUUGCGAGACCGCGGCGUCGUCUUCAAGAAGCAGAGACUCACGUCCCUCGAGGAAGCCGCCGCCCACGCCGACCUCGUCCUCAACUGCACGGGCCUCGGGGCGUACGACCUGGUGCCGGACCACAACGUCUACCCGUGCAGGGGCCAAGUGAUGAGGGUUAAAGCUCCAUGGCAAACCAGCUUUCUGUGUGACGAUUUAGAUGAAAGUAUUACAUACAUACUACCUAAUUCUGGAUCUGUAGUCCUUGGAGGAACCAAACAAGAUGAUGACUGGAGGCAAGAAAUUGACCCCAAAGAUUCGGAGAAAAUCUGGAACAACUGUACGAGUCUAGUACCAUCACUAAGGAAAGCAGAAAUCAUAAGGGAAUGGGCUGGACUGCGACCUUGCAGAAGAAAUGGUGUGCGAUUGGAGGCUGACGAGGUGAAAAUUGCGUCACGUAAUAUUCCUGUGGUUCACAACUAUGGACAUGGCGGUUGUGGAGUAACCAUGUUUUGGGGAUGUAGCAAUGAGGCAGCAUCAAUUGCAGCAGACCUGAUUCACAAGCAAUUUGGACCCACAAGUAAAUUGUAGUGCAACUUUUAAGUUAACAUGAAUUCAGUAGUUAUUUUUUAAAGGCUUAAAUGCACGGUUAAUCACUUUUGUCAACUAUUUCCCUUUCCCUUGGCUACUUUUCAAGAAGCAGGGAAAGACGAAAGACGGAUUUUGCUACAUUCCAACAGCUUCUGUAUUUCUAAAACUGAUUGGCAUCCUCUUACAUUAAAUCACUGCAGAAUUCAUGUGUGGAAUAUGCAAGAUCUGUAUGAGCUUGGUAGUUAUUAUUACUUAUGUACUGUAUUUAUAAGUUUCUCUGAAAAUUUAAGGCAUUAAAAAUUAAGGAAAUUAGUGAAGAAUUCUUCUUGUAUCCAGAGCUGUAAUAUUUUCUGAAUCAAUCAUUAAAAUGGUAAAAUAU